UAUUUUUAAAUCCAGAGUUGGAUGGAGAGUGAAUUAUCAAAGCUACAUAACCAGUUACGAAGGCUUCAUACCUCCCUCUCUUUAUUACCAAAGUGUACUCCAGUACUACCUACUCUAAAGGAGGUUGAUCCUCUUUAUAAACUGCUGGACCACUCAAGCAUUGAAGUGUCUGGCACAAUGGAUCUGUUAUCAACUGUAUCUCAAGAACUAUUGACCCUAUCACUAGCUAUACCUGGGAAAACUCCACACAAAUUGACUAAUGAGUACAUUACUGACACUGAAAUGGUUAAAAAGGAAUUAUCUUCAACUAAAGACAAGAAAAUAACAAAGACAUUAUUAGAGACAAUACUAACAAGCGUAACAGUGUAAAAAUAUUCCUAUAAUUGUUUUCACCACCUUGCAAGUACAGCUG